GUGCCUGUCUGCUUUGUGCACUUCAACAACAGUCCUUCCAUCAAAGUCCCCAUGGAAACAAAAUCCCAUGAGCAGCUUCACAUUUUCUUCUUUCCAUAUAUGGCUCAAGGCCACAGCAUACCUCUCAUAGACAUAGCCAAAAUAUUUGCUUCUCAUGGAGUAAAAUCCACCCUAAUAACCACUCCUCUCAAUGCACCACUUUUCUCAAAAGCAAUCCAAAGCAGCAAAGAAUUGGGGUUCAAAAUUGAGCUUAUUGUCAUCAGAUUCCCAACUGAAGAAGUUGGGCUGCCUCCGGGAUGUGAAAGCACUAACUUGGCUACAACCAAUGAGAUGAAGGAAAAGUUCUUCAGAGCUACCACCCUUCUCCGGCCACAGCUUGAGCAGAUUUUGGACCAACAGCGCCCUCACUGCCUCCUUGCAGACGCUUUAUUUCCUUGGGCCACAGAUGUUGCUGCCAAGUUUGGUAUUCCAAGGCUCAUAUUUCAUGGCACUGGUUUCUUCCCUUUAUGUGCUUCACUUAGUGUGAUAUUGUAUGAGCCUCACUUGAAGGUUUCAUCUGAUUCAGAAGUAUUUACUCUUCCUAAUUUCCCAGUUGAGAUCAAGCUGACAGGAAGCCAAAUACCGGCUUUUCUCAAGAAAAAGGUUGAAACAGAAUUCACCAAGUUGUUUGAAGCAUCCAAAGCCUGUGAGGAAAGGAGCUAUGGGGUUAUUGUUAACAGCUUCUAUGAACUUGAACCAGUUUAUGCAGAUCAUUAUAGGAAGGUGUUUGGGAGGAAGGCAUGGCAUAUAGGCCCGGUUUCGUUAUGUAACAAGGCAACCUUGGAUAAAGCAGAGAUGAGGGGAAUGGAAGCCUCCCUUGAUGAACAUGAGUGCUUGAAUUGGCUUAAUUCUAAGAAACCCAAUUCAGUUGUUUACAUAUGUUUUGGAAGCAUGACCAAUUUCAGUGAUCCUCAGCUCUUUGAAAUUGCAUUGGGGCUUGAGGCAAGUGGGAGGGAAUUCAUUUGGGUUGUGAAGAAAGAAAAGAAGGAAAAGGAAGAGUGGUUGCCUGAAGGGUUUGAAAAGAGAAUGGAAGGUAAGGGACUAAUUAUAAGAGGUUGGGCUCCACAAGUGCUGAUUCUUGAGCAUGAAGCAAUUGGAGGCUUUGUGACUCACUGUGGGUGGAACUCUAUCCUUGAAGGAGUUUCCUCUGGGGUGCCAAUGAUCACAUGGCCCGUGUCCGCCGAACAGUUUUACAAUGAGAAGUUGUUGACUGAGAUACUGAGAAUUGGGGUUGCUGUUGGUGUUCAACAGUGGGCUACAUUUGUAGAUGUGAAGCAGGAAGCCAGUGUGAAGAGAGAGGCCAUAAAGAAGGCUGUGACUGAAAUCAUGGUUGGUGAUGAAGCAGAGGAAAUCAGAAGCAGAGCCAAGGCGCUUCGAGAGAUGGCAAGGAGGGCUGUUGAAGAAGGUGGUUCAUCUUUCUCAGAUUUAACUGCACUUAUUGAAGAGUUGAAGUCCCUUAGAGCUAAUCCUAAUGCAAAACUGGAGGCAUCUAUGCAUCGGGAAGACGAUACAAGUCUUGGCCCUUUAAGAUUCAGUGAAGCCUUAUCUCAGUUCAAUCUCUUCUCCAAUCAUAACCAUCAUUUGGAUAAUAUGGAUAUCAAAUCCAAGCAAUCUCACAUUUUUUUAUUCCCUUAUAUGGCACCUGGCCACAUGAUACCAACCAUAGCCAUGGCCAAACUAUUUGCUUCAAGAGGCAUCAAAACAACCAUAAUUUCUACUCCUCAAAACGUUGCCGCCUUCUCCAAAACAAUUGAAAGAAGCAAGGCUUCGGGUUUCGAGAUCGGAGUUCUUCUUCUCAAAUUCCCUUCUGUAGAGGUUGGAUUGCCAGAAGGCUGUGAGUGUGGUCACAUGGUUGAAACACUGGAAGAGCUCCAGAAGUUCUUGAAGGCCACCUCCUUACUUGAUCAACAACUUGAGAAGCUCCUUGAAGAACACCAACCCAACUGCCUUGUGGCUGAUAAUUGCUUUCCAUGGACAACUGAUCUUGCUGCCAAAUUUGGAAUUCCAAGGCUUGUUUUCCAUGGAAUAAAUUUCAUCUCUUUAUGUAUUUCACAGCAUUUGAUCAAGAUGGACUUUUCAACAUUAUUGAAGUCUGAUUCUGAGCCUCUAGUAAUUCCUGAUUUACCAGAUGAGAUCAAGCUUGCAGGAACCCAGAUACCAAAUUUCCUCAAACAAGAAACCGAGUUGAGAAAAUUUUUAGAAUCGACAGCAGAAACAGAGAGGAGGAGUUACGGGGUGGUUGUUAACAGCUUCUAUGAGCUUGAGCCACUCUAUGCUGACCAUUAUAGGAAGUUCUUGGGAAUCAAGGCUUGGCAUAUUGGUCCCACAUUUUUAUGCAAUAAGGACACUUAUGCCUCCCUAGAUGAACAUGAAUGUUUGAAGUGGCUAAAUUCCAAGACACCCAAUUCAGUAGUUUAUGUGAGCUUUGGAAGUGUGAUCAAAUUUGAUGAUGCUCAGCUCCUUGAAAUUGCACUGGGUCUUGAGGCUUCUGGGCAGCAGUUCAUUUGGGUUGUCAAGAAAGAAAAGAGUGAUGAAGAAAAUAAAGAGGACUGGUUGCCUGAAGGGUUUGAGAAGAGAGUGGAAGGCAGAGGACUUGUUAUAAGAGGGUGGGCUCCACAGGUGCCAAUUCUUGAACACCAAGCAGUUGGAGGCUUUGUGACUCAUUGUGGAUGGAACUCAGUGAUUGAAGCAGUGUCUGCUGGGGUGCCAAUGGCCACUUGGCCAGCUUUUUCUGAUCAGUUUUAUAAUGAAAAGUUGGUGACUCAAAUACUUGGGAUUGGGAUUGGGGUAGGUGUUCAAAAAUGGGAAAGAUUUGGAGGGGAAAAAGUGGGGAAGAGAAACAUAGAGAAGGUAGUGACACAGAUUAUGGUGGGGGAGAAAGCAGAGGAAAUGAGAAGCAGAGCCAAGAGGCUUGGGGAAAUGGCAAGAAAGAGUGUGGAGGAAGGUGGAUCAUCUUACAAGGAUUUGAAUGCCUUGAUUCAAGAAUUGGGACUCCAUAGCACUGCUCCUAACUAAGUACUAAUUAAACCUAGUAUGUAUAAUAUG